UGGGAUAUGUCAGUGUAACCCUCCGCCUGCGGUAGAUGUGCUGAGGCUGGAGUAAGCCACCAUUUUGCAUGUCUAGUGUGUUCCUCCCUCCAUUGCUAAUAGAGACGAUUCCAGCUAUUUUCUGGCAUCAUUACGGCUAAGAAUGCCAGCUCCGAUCAGACUGCGGGAGCUGAUCCGGACUAUCCGGACAGCACGGACCCAGGCAGAGGAGCGUGAGAUGAUCCAGAAAGAGUGUGCUGCUAUCCGCUCGUCCUUUAGAGAGGAAGAUAAUACAUACCGUUGCAGAAAUGUGGCAAAGCUUCUUUAUAUGCACAUGUUGGGUUACCCAGCACACUUUGGGCAGUUGGAGUGCCUGAAGCUGAUUGCGUCCCAGAAAUUCACUGACAAACGAAUAGGUUAUUUGGGAGCUAUGCUGCUGUUGGAUGAGAGGCAGGAUGUCCAUCUACUAAUGACAAAUUGCAUUAAGAAUGACUUGAAUCACAGCACACAAUACGUCCAGGGUCUGGCUUUGUGCACGUUGGGCUGUAUGGGUUCGUCAGAAAUGUGUCGUGACCUGGCUGGAGAGGUGGAAAAGCUGCUCAAAACAUCCAACUCCUAUUUAAGGAAAAAGGCAGCCUUGUGUGCAGUUCACGUCAUCAGGAAGGUUCCAGAACUUAUGGAAAUGUUCCUCCCAGCUACAAAAAACCUGCUGAGCGAGAAAAACCAUGGAGUUCUCCAUACGUCAGUCGUUCUCCUCACUGAGAUGUGUGAAAGAAGUCCUGACAUGCUUGCCCACUUCAGAAAGAAUGAAAAGUUGGUUCCACAGUUGGUGAGAAUCCUGAAGAACCUAAUCAUGUCUGGGUACUCUCCUGAGCAUGAUGUGUCAGGCAUAAGCGACCCUUUCCUGCAGGUGCGGAUAUUGAGACUACUGCGAAUUUUAGGCAAGAGUGAUGACGACUCCAGUGAAGCAAUGAAUGACAUUCUGGCACAGGUUGCAACAAACACAGAGACAAGUAAAAAUGUAGGCAAUGCAAUCCUGUACGAGACUGUACUGACUAUAAUGGACAUCAAGUCUGAAAGUGGACUGAGGGUCUUGGCCAUCAAUAUUCUAGGUCGCUUCCUCCUUAACAAUGACAAAAAUAUAAGAUAUGUGGCAUUGACAUCUCUACUAAAGACGGUACAGACGGACCAUAAUGCCGUGCAGAGGCAUCGGAGCACCAUUGUGGAUUGUUUAAAAGACCUGGAUGUGUCCAUCAAGAGACGUGCAAUGGAACUGAGUUUUGCCCUAGUCAAUGGCAACAACAUUAGAGGGAUGAUGAAAGAGCUGCUCUACUUCCUGGACUCUUGUGACCCAGAAUUCAAAGCAGACUGUGCUUCGGGAGUGUUUCUAGCAGCAGAGAAGUACGCCCCUUCGAAAAGAUGGCAUAUAGACACCAUCAUGAGAGUCCUGACAACAGCAGGGAGCUAUGUCCGAGAUGAUUCUGUUCCCAACCUCAUCCAGCUCAUCACCAACAGUGUGGAGAUGCAUGCCUACACAGUACAGAGACUUUACAAAGCCCUGUUGGAUGAUAUUUCACAGCAACCUCUAGUGCAAGUGGCAUCCUGGUGCAUAGGAGAAUACGGUGACCUUCUAGUAUCUGGGCAGUGUGAGGAGGAGGAGCCCAUCCAGGUGACAGAGGAUGAAGUUCUGGAUGUGCUGGAGGGCCUCCUUGUGUCCAAUCUGUCCACACCUGUAACCCGGGGUUAUUCUCUGACUGCCAUCAUGAAGCUGUCUACUCGUUUCAGCAGUGUUAACCGAAUCAAGAAGGUGGUUUCGAUAUAUGGCAGUAGCAUUGAUGUGGAGCUGCAGCAGAGAGCAGUGGAGUAUAAUGCGCUUUUCAAGAAAUAUGACCACAUGAGGCCAGCUCUACUAGAGCGAAUGCCCAUUAUGGAGAAAACCGCCACUAAUGGCCCCACAGAAAUUGUACAGACCAAUGGGGAGACAGAGCCCUCUGUUGUGGAACCAAAACAUCCGCCCCCUGUCACUCAGCCAGCCAACCAGGCCAAUGAUUUAUUAGACCUGCUUGGUGGCAAUGAUGUGGUGCCAGUGAUUCAGACAACGUUGCCCACAAAACCUGCUUCAGCAGGAGGAGAACUUCUUGAUCUACUGGGUGACCUCUCAUUAAGUGGUGGUCCCACCCCUGCUCCUGCUCCCUCUGUGCCCACCUCCCAACCCUCUUUCCUCCUGGAUGGCCUUUCCUCACAGCCCCUGUUUAAUGACAUUGCAGCUGCAGGUAUCCCUCCUAUGAUAGCAUACAACAAGAAUGGUCUUAAAAUCGACUUCACAUUCGAGAGAGCUAAUCCCAAUCCAAACAUCGCAGUCAUCACCAUCCAUGCUUCCAACACAACAGAGGCAGAUAUGACAGACUUUGUUUUUCAGGCUGCAGUACCAAAGACAUUCCAGCUGCAGCUCCUUUCCCCUAGCAGUAAUGUUGUCCCGGCACUCAACCAGGGAACUGUCACACAGGUCAUCAGAGUCCUCAACCCACAGAAGCAACAGCUACGAAUGAGGAUCAAGCUGACGUACACCCACAAAGGCUCACCUGUGCAAGACCUGGCUGAGGUGAACAACUUCCCACCUCAGUCUUGGCAGUGAUUAGUUGCCUCUGUUGCUCUUAAAAGCCCCAUCAAGGGAACUAUGAAAACGAUUUUCCUUUCACCUCCCUCCUUUCUUCCAACGGAUCCCCCUGUGACGUCACUGCAGACCGCUGCCCUCAAGUUGCAUGGGAAGCAGCAGAGCAUCUAACACAGGAGAAAAAUACAGAUGUUACGAAGACCCUAUUGACUAUUGACAUCACCAGAAUAAUUGGGAAUACAUAUCAAUCAAUGAACUGUCUCUUUUCUUUCUUGUUUUCCAUGAUUUUUUCUCUUAAUAGUACUAGUUUCCACACAUACUCUCCUCUUCAGCACCAUCACCACUCACAAAAAGCACAUAUGCACAGCAUUCACUGUGGUACCCUCCACCUCCAAAGUCACUAUAGAGGAAAAGUGUUGCUCAUUAUUGGCACUGCACCAAAUCAUAUGUUUAUUUAAAUUUAUACCUGAGCUACAAUACAGUUGAACCACUUCAAAAGUGAAUGAUUGGCUUUGCAUUCUAAUGUAUCAUGUGGAAGCCCAAGUCUUCAGUCUUACAAUGGCAGCAGAAAAAGCUUUGAAAGGUCUCUUAGGUAUAGUCAUAAACUUCUUGGAUUACGUAUUUCUCCUCCACAUCAUUAGUGAAAUAACAUGUCAGAGUUGUUUUUUUUUUUUUUUUAUUAAUUUUCUUAAAGCAUGUUUGAGCAAAGAUAGGGCACACCUUAACUAAAGAUAGUAGGGUUUUGGGUUCUAGAAGUAGGCUCUGUGUGUCCUAUACUUCUGUAGGAAACCCAAUUGUUGGCCACGUGGAUAGGAACACUAACAGAUCCACAAAGUUCAGUCAUCACCUGUGGUUUGUUUCUGAAGAUGUGCUCAGAUUCCCCCCCCCCCCCCCCCCCCCCAACAGCUCUCCUCCCAUCAUCUCAUUUUUAGCUUUAGAUCCAUGUAACAAAUUAAAGAGUUAUUUGUUUUGCAUUUCUUGGACAAUGUUCAUUCAUUAGAAUGGAUAUAAUCCAGGCCUGUAAUUUAUCUUAAGAUAGGUUGAUUGCAUUUGUGUUGGAGAUCUGCAUUUAAACCUUUCCUGCAUCUGUGUCCUCACAAUCUAGCUUGCAAUUUAGAUGCAUUGCAGAUUUGUUUAACCUGGUUGAACUUGGUCACCAUGCACAUACAUGUAAAUGAAGCUAGUUAUGAAUGUAGUUAACAUGCACUGAAUGCUUUUUUUCCAUCAGUUCUUUUCAUGGCUGUCUUCUUUAAUGAAGACACUCACCUUAUUGGCACUAUUAUUGUGAAAAUACAUUUUAUUUCUGCAGUAAGUUGACUUAAUUAUUUAUGCCUGAUAUCAAAGUGAUGUGCCUUUCUGACUUGGCUAGAUAAAAGCCCCUGAACUAUUGAGUUCUGUAUGAGCUUCGUUUGUAAGUCUGCUUGUAUGCUGAUUGUGUUUAAACCUGAGGUCCUGAUGGAUUUGAAAUGGUAUAUCACGUAAUUUGAAAAGUUUAACUUUUUUACUUGUAUAUCUAAUAAGUUAAUCAUCAGUCACUUAAUCAUACUGGCCUGCCUGGAGGUCCAUAACAGUUUCUUUAUGUUAUGUUUUUACAAAAACAAAUUAUAGCCACAUAAUCCUGAUUAUUUCUUUGGCCAAACUGCAUUGCUGACUUUCCAUUAUUCCCAAACUGCCCUCAGAUACCUGCCAGGUGUGCUAACAACUCCUAAAAGCAAAAGAAAUUUCAAGAAGUGUGGCAGCUAAUUAAUAUAAGAUUUCCCUAGACAGUUUCAAGUGAUAUAUUUUUGUUUUAAUAAAUGCUCUGUUCAUGAAAUCUCAUGAAGAGUUGCCCCCCCCCCAAAAAAAAAAAACAAAAACAAAAAAAAACAAAGAAACAAAAAA